GCAGAGUGCAGCGGAGCAAGAGGGGUGCUGGGGCUCUCACCAGAAUUCCUCUCAGAGAAGGGAGCAUUUUGGGGAAAACACGUUGAUAGGAUUGAGGAGCCUGCCCUAUGGAAACAACCUGCAAAUCCAGCUUAAGGCACAGAACUUGGCCCAGGUACCGAUGAGACCCUCUCCACAGACACCCUAGAGCAUCUAUGAUGAACCAGGAAGCCAAGGCCAGCUCCUCAUGGACCCCAUUAGCCUCCAGCUGGGUAACAAGAACCUGUGGGGUUUCCUCGUGAGGCUUCUCAGCAAAAACCCAGAAUGGCUGAGAGCCAAGGUGAAGUUCUUCCUCCCCAACGUGGACCUGGGCUCCAGAGAGGCAGGCCUGGACCUCACAGAGAGGGUCAUGGUACAACUCAGGGAACUGUACACCCAAGGUUCGGCCACCUGGCAGGAAUUCAUCCACUGUGUGUGCAUGGAGCUGGACGUGCCGCUCGACCUGGAAGUGCUGCUGCUGAGUACCUGGGGCCAUGGAGAAGGGCCUCCCAGUCAUCUGGAAGCUGGUGAAGAAAGCCAACUUGAAUCUCAGCUCCAACAUGGCCUCAAGCGGCCUCAUCAGAGUUAUGGGUCCUCACCCCGGCCGAAGCAGGGCAGGAAGCAGCAGCUAGAGUUGGCCAAGAGAUACCUGCAGCUUCUGAGGACUUCUGCCCAGCAGCGCUAUGGCGACAAGCCUUCCGGGCCAGGGCAGCCCCUCGCCUUGCGCCAGGCCUACAUCCCCACAAUCUUGCAGUGGGGCCGAGCCACAGCACCCUUUGACACUCAGGAGGGGGCCAUUAUGGGGGGCUCCAAGGCGGAAGAUGGCGCUGACAUGAGUAUCCGGGACCUCUUCAACACUAGAGCUGACAAGGGCCCACGGGUGAUGGUGAUCUUGGGGAAGGCCGGCAUGGGCAAGACCACGCUGGCCCACCGGCUCUGCCAGAAGUGGGCGGAUGGCCAGCUAGACCGCUUCCAGGCCCUGUUCCUUUUUGAAUUCCGCCACCUCAACCUGAUUACAGGUUCCUUGACGCUGCCCCAGCUGCUUUUUGAUGUGUAUUUGAGCCCCGAGGCGGGCCCCAAUGCUGUCUUCCAGUACCUGAAAGAGAACGCUAAUGGCGUCCUGCUCAUCUUCGAUGGGCUGGAGGAGGCCCUCCACCCCUGUUCCAGCAAGGAGACUGUAGGUCCUGAGGCCCCAGGCCCAGGCCUCGCCCUCUUCUCCGGCCUCUGCCGUGGGACCCUCCUGCCCGGCUGCUGGGUCAUGGUCACCUCCCGUCCAGGGAAGCUGCCAGCUUGUCUGCCCACAGAGGCAGCCACAGUCCACAUGUGGGGCUUUGAUGGGCCACGGGUGGAGAAGUACAUGGGCUGCUUCUUCAGUGAUCAGCAGUCCCAGGAGGCAGCCCUAGCAGAGUUGCGAGCAAACGGACAUCUCCGGAGCAUGUGUGCGGUGCCUGCCCUGUGCCGAGUCGCCUGCCUCUGCCUUCACCAUCUGCUCCCAGGCAGCUCUCCAGGCCAGCCCUCAGCCCUCUUGCACACUGUGACUCAGAACUACAUGCAGAUGGUGCUCGCCCUCAGCCCCCAUGGGUGCCUGGAUACUGAGUCCCUGCUGGGCCUUGGUGAGAUGGCCCUGAGGGGCCUGGAGACCGGGAAGGUUAUCUUCUCUACAGAAGACAUUGCUUCAUCCAUGAUUUCCUUCGGGACUUCCCUCGGCCUACUGACCUCCUUCUGCAUCUGCACAGGCCACGGACACCAGGAGGAAGGCUAUGCCUUCACCCACCUCACCCUGCAGGAGUUUUUUGCUGCCCUGCACCUGAUGGCCAGCCCCGAGGUGGACAAAGACACACUCACCCGUUAUGUCACCCUCAAUUCUCGCUGGCUGCUGCGGACCAAAGCUAGACUGGGCCUCUUAGAUCACCUCCCCACCUUCCUGGCGGGUCUGGCAUCCUGUGCCUGCCAUCCCUUCCUCAGCCACCUGACACAGCAGGAUCAAAAGUGGGUGGGUGACAAGCAGGCUGCAGUCAUUCAGGCAUUAAGGAAGUUGGCCACUCGCAGGCACACGGGACCAAAGGUUGUAGAGCUGUGUCACUGUGUGGGUGAGACACAGGAGCCUGAGCUGGCUGGUCUCGUGGCCCGAAGCCUCCCCUGUGAACUGCCCUUCCACAAUUUCCUAUUGACCUACGCUGACCUGGCUGCCCUGACCAACAUCCUGGGGCACAGGAAUACCCCUAUCCACCUGGAUUUUGAGGGCUGCCCUCUGGAGCCCCGCUGCCCUGAGGCCCUGGCAGGCUGUGGGCAGGUGGAGAAUCUCAGCUUUAAGAGCAGGAAGUGUGGGGAUGCCUUUGCAGAAGCCCUCUCCAGGAGCUUGCCGACAAUGGGGAGCCUGAAGAAGCUGGGGUUAGCAGGAAGUAAGAUCACUGCUCGAGGCAUCAACCACCUGGUGCAGGCUUUGCCCCUCUGUCCACACCUGGAAGAGGUCAGCUUUCAGGACAACCAGCUCAAGGACCAGGAAGUGCUGAACAUCGUGGAGGUCCUUCCUUGCCUGCCGCGGCUCCGGAAGCUUGACCUGAGCCGCAACAACGUCUCCAUGUUGACCCUACUCUGCUUGACAAAGGUGGCAGUCACCUGUCCUACCGUCAGGAUGCUGCAAGUCAGGAAGGCGGACCUCAUCUUCCUUCUCUCCCCGCCCACGGAGACAGCUGCAGAGCUACGAGGAGCCCCAGACCCACAGGGAAGUGCCAGCCAGAGGGAAGAGGCUCAGAGCAGAAGCCUGACACUCAGGCUGCAGAAGUGUCACCUCACAGUCAGUGAUGUGGAGAUGCUCAUAGCCCAGCUCCGGGAAGGCCCCCGCCUGGACGAAGUAGACCUCUCAGGAAACGAGCUGGAAGAUGAAGGCUGUCGCCUGAUGGCAGAGGCUGCACCCCAGCUGCACAUCACCAGCAAGCUGGACCUCAGCGACAACAAGCUCUCGGUGGCUGGGAUGCACAGUGUGCUGAGUGCCGUGAGCACGUGCCGGACCCUGGCAGACCUGCACAUCAGCCUCAUGCACAAAACUGUGGUCUUCACUUUUGUCCCAAAGAUGGAGGAGCAGGAAGGGAACCAGGAGAGGGUUCUGUUUCUCGACAGCCUUACGCCCUCUAAGCUGCCCCCGUGCUUCCCAAGGAUCAGGCUGACACACUGUGGCUUGCAAGCGGAACACCUAGAGCAGCUCUGCACGGCCCUGGGAGGAAACUGCCACCUCUGCCACCUUGACUUAUCAGGCAAUGCCCUGGGGGAUGAAGGCGCAGCCCAGCUGGCUCAGCAGCUCCCUGGGCUGGGUGCUCUGCAGUCCUUGAACCUCAGUGAGAACGGCUUGUCCCUGGACACUGUGAUCAGUUUGGCCCAGUGCUUCGCUACAGUGCAGUGGGCUCUCCACCUGGACAUCAGCUUCAAGAGCCAAGUCAUCAUCCUGAGAGGUGACAGAAGAGCCAGGGAUCUGUCCGCUGGUGGGUCUUUGCGAGAGUUCCCGGCUGGAACCCAGUUCUCAGGGUUUGGUCAGCGCUGCAUCCCCAGGAGUUUCAGCCUCAGGGAGUGUCAGCUGGAGCCCCCGAGCCUCACCCACCUCUGUGAGACUCUGGAGAAGUGCCCAGGGCCUCUGGAAGUCAAAUUGUCCAACGGGGUCCUGAGUGAUCAGAGCCUGGACACCCUGCUGGGGCAUUUGCCCCGACUCCACCAGCUGAACCUGCUGCAGCUGAGCCAGAUGAGCUUGUCGAUAAGGAGCCUCUUCCUGCUGGCUGACCUCUUCAGCCUGUGCCCACGAGUUCAGAAGGUGGAUCUCAGGUCCCUGCUCCACGUGACCCUGCACUUCAGGUCUAACGAGAAGCAGAAAAGCGGGUGCUAUGGCGUGUUCACGGGCUGCGGCCUCAGCCAGGAGCAUGUGGAGCCACUGUGCAAGGUGCUGAGAAAGUGUGAAGAUCUCAGCCAGCUGGACCUCUCAGCCAACCAGCUGGGUGAUGACGGGCUCAGGUACCUCCUAGAAUGUCUGCCUCAGGUGCCCAUCUCCGCUUUACUUGAUCUGAGUCACAACAGCAUCUCUCAGGAAAGUGUCCUAUGCCUGGUGGAGACUCUCCCCUCCUGCCCACGUAUCCGGGAGGCCUCGGUGAACCUGGGCUCCCAGCAGAGCUUCAAGAUUCACUUCUCGCAACAGGAGGAGGCUGGGAAGACACUGAGGCUGAGCGAAUGCAGCUUCGGGCCUGAGCAUGUGCCCAGACUGGCCACUGGCCUGAGCCAGGCCCGGCAGUUGAAGCAGCUGACGCUGACUCAGUGCUGCUUGAGCCUGGAAGACCUGACUGUCCUCCUGAGUCUGGUGAGAUGGCCAGAGGGGCUGCUCAGUCUCAGGUUGGCUCACUGUGACCUUGAGACUCAUGACAGCCUUCUUGUCAGGCAGCUGAUAGAGACAUGUGCCAGGCUGCAGCAGCUCAGCUUGUCCCAGGUGAACCUCUGCAAUGUCAGCUCCUUGCUCCUGCAAAGCUUCCUGCUGGCCCUCCCUGAGCUGAAGACAUUCAGGCUGGCCUCCAGUUGUGUGAGCUCCGAGGGCCUGGCCCACCUGGCAUCUGGUCUGAGCCACUGUCACCACCUGGAGGAGCUGGACUUGUCUAACAAUCAACUUGGCGAGGAGGACACCAAGGUGCUGAUGGGGGCCCUUGAGGGCAAGUGCUGGCUGAAGAGGCUUGACCUCAGCCACUUCCCGCUGGGCGGCUCCACCCUGGCUGUGCUCACUCAAAGACUAGGCCACAUGACCCUUCUGCAGAGCCUCUGUCUGAGCAGCAACGACAUUGGUCACAUCGGCUGCUACCACCUUUCCAAGGCUCUCAGAGCUGCCACCAGCUUGGAGGAGCUCGGCUUGAGCUACAACCAGAUUGGAGACACCGGUGCCCAGCACUUAGCUGCCAUCCUGCCAGGGCUGCCUGAGCUCAGGAAGAUAGACCUCUCAGCAAAUGGCAUCAGCCCAGCUGGAGGAGUGCGGUUGGCGGAGUCUCUCGCCGUCUGCAGGCACCUGGAGGAGCUGAUGCUUGGCUGCAAUGCCCUGGGGGAUCCCACAGCCCUGGGGCUGGCGCAGGGGCUGCCCCAGCAUCUCAGAGUCCUGCACCUGCGGUCCAGCCGUCUGGGCCCAGAGGGGGCACUGAGCCUGGGCCAGGCCCUGGAUGGAUGCCCAUACGUGGAAGAGAUCAGCUUGGCAGAGAACAGCCUGGCUGGAGGGGUCCCACAUUUCCGUCAGGGGCUCCCACUGCUCAGGCAUAUAGACCUGGUUUCGUGUGAGAUUGACAACCAGACAGCCAAGCCCCUCACUGCCAGCUUCGUGCUUUGCCCAGCCCUGGAAGAAAUCCUGCUGUCCUGGAAUCUGCUCGGCGAUGAGGCAGCUGCUGAGCUGGCCGGCAUCCUGCCACGGAUGGGCCGGCUGAAGAGAGUGGACCUGGAGAAGAAUCGGAUCACAGCUUAUGGAGCCUGGCUCCUAGCACAAGGGCUGGCGCAGGGGUCUGGCAUCCAAGUCAUCCGCCUCUGGAAUAACCCCAUUUCCCCCAACAUGGCCCACCAUCUGCAGAGCCAGGAGCCCAGGCUGGACUUUGCUUUCUUCCACGACCAGCCACAGGCCCCUCGGGGUACUUGAUGGCCCCCUCAAGACCCUUCGAAUCCAGCUAACUUCCAGCCACCAGGAUAGAAGGCUCAGGAAGAGCCUCAGCUGGGUGUCCCCGUAUCUUGCCUCAGGAGGGAGGGACACCGUUGAUCUGUUAUAGCCUUCAAGGAAGAUUUUUUUGGAGCCAGAAGCCUAGUAAGGUCAAUAGACUACCCUGCAUCUCACGUGUCAUGCAUGACCAGUUAGGGACAUGUGGCACAAUAAGGGUGUCAUGAUGUGACGCAUGACACAGAAGGUCACACAUGGCAGAGUUCCAGGCGGUAUUAUGUGGAACUUGCAGUGUGGCCUGUGGGUCAGUGUCAUGGGUCCUAGCACCACACAUGGCAGGACACAUGAUUGGUGGUCCAUAUAUGACAAAUGACAAAUGUCCAUGUCAUAUGACAUUUGGCUAGCCAGAUGCCUCAAGCUGGUCCAAGAUCUAAUUUAUUACUUUUUUUAAACCAAGUAUGUAUUUAUAAAUUGUAUUUCCAGGGCAGCUAAGCUGGGGAAUGUCUUCCGCCCAGAAUUGGGAUAGGGAUAGGGAGAGUGUCUAAGCACUGAGCAGCCCAGUGGCCCGAGGGCCAGGGCUCUGGUGGGGACUCAACCAUGAGGGUUCUGGAUGAGUCCUCUCCUGCUUCAAGCCUCGGUUUUCCCAUCUGUAAAUGGGAUGACCCCCUCCCUUUAAAUGCUGACUUCCAAGGACUUUAGGCCCAGGUCCAGGGAGAGCCAGCCUGACCUGGGGAGUAGAUGGGUAGGAUGAAGCAGGUCUAAGGAUCCAAGGGGUGGGCACUGCCAAGAUAAUCAGGCAAGGCCAUGGGGUCCAGCUACUACCUUAGUGGGAUCUGGGUGAGCUCCCAGGAGCUGCAUAUGUCACCCAGUGUUCUUGUUACUCCUCAGAGGGCACAUGGGUAGCACUGCUACACUCUAAGCCAAGUGUGACCAAUAAAUGUGGAUGGUCUCCUAGCCUCUAGCCUGAGUCUGAUGUGUCCUACCACCUUGCCAAAGUCAGAAGUGGUUUACCCCCUGCCUCGGGGCCUGGAGAACAGAGCAGACCACAGAGAUGUGUGCUGACAGGAGACAGGAGCACUGGCCUGGGAGUCAGGAGACAUGGGAUCAAGUCCAUGCUCUGCCUCUACGUGGUCAUGUGAUCACAGGCAAGUCACCUCCUCUUUCCGGAACUCACCUGCACCCUGAGGGUGUUACUGAGGGGCUCGACGUGUUA